GGGGUGAUUCUUAGGAAUGAUGGGAAAUGUAGUUAUUCAUUGUAAACAUGGAGAGGAAAAGGUCAAAGCCAUCAGGUGCAGAAUUUCGAAAGAAAAGAAGAGGUUAAUGGUUAAUUUAUGGGACGAGGAGGGACCAAAGAAGGGUCUCGCACAGGGCGCCAUUCAAGCUCAAACCAACAACAUAGUAAAACAAAUGCAAAAAAAAACAACAAAGCAUUUUGCUAGAUUUAUUUAGACUCAAUUUAUUAGGGUACAUUCUAAUUUAUAUUUUCAUUUUUGCUGGGGGUACUAUGUUGCAAACUGCAUUUUAUUGCUGUUUUAAUGAUUUCAGUUAACACUGUCCAAUGAAAAGCAUGUAUGUCCAAAUGUAGUAAAUUUUUCCUUUUUUAUCUUGAUAGAUCUUUUUUUUUUUGUAUAAAAGGUCACAAAACUAGGAGGUACAACUUCUCAUUGGACAUUGACAAUAUGCUAAUUUCUCCGGACAUCAUUUAACUGUCCAAAAAAGGCUAAGAGGCAGUUAAAAAUGAAGUGACAAUGGAAACACCAUUGCACAAAAAAAUAUGCCGGUUGAUGCAAAAACAUUUUGACUUUAACAUUAGUUUAUGAUUACAAAUUGUUUUGCAAAAAAAAAAAAAAAACAUAUUUUGAACAUUUUGUAACACAAAAUGAACACCUAAAUGAAAGCAGACUUUUUUGCCACCUUAUUCCCUUAAACACGGGGGGCCGCCCUGACACCCUCGGCGUGACGAGAUACGAUCUGACAUAAUGGACUUUGCCAACGUUACGAUUCACCGACCCCUCCACCACUUGAGCCCAUAAAAAAGCGAGAGUUGUGCUAAAUGUCGUGCGUCGACGGAUGGUAAUCAUCAAUUAUGAUUCGUCAGUGUGAUGUAAUUUGCAGGAUGGAUAAGAGCAACGUCUAAUGAGAGCCUAAGUGAAGCCUGCGCUGUUAAUGACAUGUCACAUUUUCAUACUCAUCCGACUGAGGCUGACUGGCUUCAUUUGGCUGUAAUUCAUUAGACAAAUGUUCAGUCACUGCAAUGCUGUGCAAACACCACACAUACUCACUGCUGUUUUGCACACAUUUUAAUCUUAAGGAGCCAAUUGGAUUGCUGUACUACAGACACAAAUAGUGGGUUGAUAUUCAUUUCACGGUACGUUUAUGAAUACGUGAAUGAAUGAAUAUUUAUGAUUUUUUUUUGGGAGUUUUUUUUUCUUCUUUUUAUCCCGCAUCUGUGUAAGAGUGGGCAUAUAUAUUUCGGUUCAAGAACUGUGAGGCAGACGCUCUAACCAGUAACUCCACCGUGCCGCACUGUCAUUAAAUCAAUUAAAAAAAUCUAUUACAUUAAUAAAAUUUAAUUAAACCAAAUUAUUCAAUAAAUAAAUGUCAUUAAAUCAAUACAAAAUCCAUUACAUUAAUAAAAUUCAAUUACAAUAAACCAAAUUAAAAACCUAAAUGUCAUUAAAUAAAUAAUGCCAUUGAAUAAGUAAAAUUCCAUUAAUUAUAUAUUUUUUAAAUUAAUUACAUAAUGACAUUCAAUAUUAAAAAAAAACAAAAAGAAAAACUCAUGGAGUGGAGUUCUAUAAGAUAAUUUCCAUCUAUAGUCCCUGAUAACCAUACCACAAAUGACAGGAAAACAGACACAUUCACCACCGUGAAAUUCACUUUUAAUCUAUAAUUGCCUUUAUCAGUAAGAAUAGUAUUUUGAAAAAAAAGUCCCAAAAUUCUUGAUCCAUUUGAGAAAGAUUGGUUAAAAACUAUGGCUAGUAAGGAACUUUAACCUCGCUAACUCGGCCAUUUUGUGUCGUUACCAUUCAAAAUCAAUAGGGUUGUUAGGUGCAGUAAUCCUUGAAAGUGGAAUGAGAGCUUCGCGGAAAGCCUAAUCCUCCUCCGCCAAGGCGUUAAAUCAGUGUUUGAACAGGUGCAGAUGAAAGGGCUGCAGGUGAGAGCGAAGGAAUGACCACCAUGUGACUCAUCCUCGCACUCUGACUGGUCGCUUCUUUCACCGACUCGGCGGGCUGAUCAAAGCCGCGCGAGUGUCGCCGUCGUUGACAGGCCAGUGUUUCUCUACUGUUUCGAGGCGAUGAGAUUAAUCCACGCACACCUGUGCUUUAAUUCGCGACGACCAACAACUCGUCAACGCCGAAGCUACAGCUGGCGCGCACACAUUACCGUAGUGUUUUUAAUCGGGAUAAAAUGUGUUGAGGGGCUCUAAUCGUGUUUGGUAACACUCGACAACGUCGUCGUCAUGUCAUCAGCCACUGAUCCGUGUUAACUGGUGUCCAGUCGGCAAAUGAUGGCUUUUUGCCAGAUGGCCAAAUUUGUAUAUCAUAAGGAUUUAUAAUUGAAAAUAUUAGACAGGUUUAACAUUUACAAUUCUCCGAGGAGAUCGGGGAGGAAAAAUAACUCUGAACAUACCCCACAACACAAUAAUUGGGUCUUUGCUGACUUUGAUUGAAAGGGGAAACACAUUUUCAAAUUAGGCCUGGUUAUGGCUAUGCAUCUACCUCGCUUCCUAAUUUAUCCGUUUCACGUCACAAUCAUGGAGUGCGUGGAUUGGCCGAACACCUUGUUCACCACAUACGUCAAAUAUUUGUAAUCCUAAAUAUUGAAGAGGUUUAACAUUCAUGAUUGUCGCCAAUUUUCAGAGCAGAUCGGUAUGAAAAAUCUAUCCUAACUCUUGAAUUUCAAGGGAGGGGGGGAUGUUCAAUUGACUAUCGUUUAGUUUCAUGUCACAAUUGUGAAGUCCGUGGAUCGGUCGAACUCUGUGUUGACCACACACAUUGGUAUGUGCGAUCUUAAAUACUGAACCGGUUUAACAUUCGCGAUUGUUGACCGUUUUCGUAGCAGAUCGGGGAGGAAAAAUUACUCUUAACACACAGUACGGGAUAAUCUCUCAGGAUAAUCUUUGAGAGACAACAUUUUUUGGACCCUUAAUCUGAAUGGUGUCAAAAUUUAAAUUUGGCCCAACAGCCAAACUGUUUUCCAAGGAGAUCAAGAAAAAUCACUUUGAACACACCCCACACCACAGGAUAAUCUUAUGUAGACAACCGACAGUGGGAGAUUUGCAGACUUUGAUUGCAAGCGGGUGAAAAUGCUUCAAUUUGGUCAAAUUAUCGGUUUGUGUGUACUCCACUUAAAACCGUGAACUGCCCUAAAGCCACUGGUCCUAAAAAGAUGAUAUCAGUUUUUAGCGUGACGAGUCGUUCCACAUCAACACCAAAGGUGUUCUUGAUAAAGCAUCGUCACUCCAGAGUUGUCGGUUAGCAGGCGUGUGUUUAUUCUGGAAGCCGCCGCCUUUCGAGUACAGUUUGACGACUCUUCACAGGUGAGACCGGCGAGUAUUUUUCAAGACGCAUCGCUUGCGUGUCUGAACAGACGGCCCCUCGAUUUAGUUUCUGUCCAUGGGACUGAUUGAAACCUCAGACGGCAAAAGAUGUUGCAACACGUUGGUUGGAUCAAGACGAGCGUCUCUUCCCGCCCAGGCAGACUGAACACGACACUGACGAUCCGAUGAGAGACGGGGUUAGAUGUGAGAGGAAGUCAUGUGACUCGCAAGGGGCUUGGAGGAGAGAGGGCGGGACCACCUGAACCACUCUCACCUUUUACCUCGUCCCUGCCCUGAGCCUCUCACACACAAGAACGAGCUGGUAAACCAGGAGCGAGAUUGUUCCUCCACUGGGAUGCGUUCCGCGUAGGACUCUCAUCCGGAACUGGAUCACAUCGGCCAUGUUCGGGCCCGGGCAACUGGUCUCCGCUCUCCUGCCUGCGGUUUUCCACUCAGCCGCAGCCCCGUUUUUCCCCGCCUUCCCGGCCCGGCAGAUCCUGAUCCCGGCGGGGCCCUACAUCAGCUACGAGUCCCUGAGGAGUUACCUGCAGCCCGAGCCAUGCAAGGAGGCGCUGCUGCUGGCCACGCAGGCCGUAGGCAUGGGUCCACUGGUGGAUGGCAUGGACGAGCAGAGGCCAGUGAAGCAGCGUCGCGCUCGCGCCAACUACAGCAGCUGGCAGCUAGAGGAGCUGGAGAAGGCCUUCGAAAGCACCCACUACCCCGACGUGUUCAUGAGGGAAGCCCUGGCACUCAGACUGGACCUCAUUGAAGCCAGAGUUCAGGUUUGGUUUCAAAACCGGCGUGCCAAGAUGAGGCGUCAGCUGAAGCUGCAGGGCCAGCGUGCUGAGCCUCACCCGAAAGGAGAAUGCGGAGACUUCCCGGAUAAAACAAUCCAUCGUUUAAAACAUCCCGAGGACGCUUGCGACGGCGAGCGCUGGCCGAGAGCUCAGGAAGACGACGGCAACUACCCGUGGACAAAAGUCGCCGGCGCGGCGGCGGCCGGUCAGAGGUCGGAGCAGCUGCGCUCCAGCAGCAUCGCCAAGCUGAGGGCCAAAGCCAGGGAGCACGAGGCCGAGAUCAACGGCGCCGUCAACGUGUCGGCGGGCAUCGCGCCGUCCCGAACACAGGAAGUGGACGCCGUGCACGGUGAUUGAUCACUUUCCCGCUUCCUGUUUUUACAUAUCACCGUUACGGAGGAAAAACGUCAUGCUCUCAAGGUGCGGGGGGUAAAAAAAACAACGUAUUGGAGGAAUAGUUCUCAUGAUUUGGAUUUUUCACUUCAUUAGGUAUAGCUGUAUCAAAAAUGCCUGCCUUUAUAGAGGUAAUACUUUUUUUUUUUUUUUUUUUUAAUAUAAAGACAUUUUUUGCACAGCGCUUGUACUGGACCUCAUUAGGUCAGGCAGGGCAGCACGGUGCACUCGUGGCGAGCACCUCUGCCUCACAGUCAAGAGGUUCAAAUCCUCCCACUAUACCUACAAGCGGUAUAGAAAAUGAAUAGAUUGUGUACGUGUACCUAAAACAGUGGCCGGAAAGUGUGUUGUGCUUAUUUCCUGUGCCAAUUAAAAUGCAUAUUCAUCUGUCACAACUAAAAUGUCCUGUCGCUUUGAUUCCGAUGACCGGUUUACGCAUCAUGUCAGAGUGAGGCAGGGACGCGGGCCGUUUAAUUUGACAUCCUUGACCGCUGCGGCCGCCUUUGCGGGAUAAACAAUGGAAAUAGCUGAAGAAUGAAGUCACGAUAAGUGAGUGUGCGCGGGGUGUAGUUUUAAGCGAUCUAAAGCAGUGCUUCACUAUUAUUGUAAGCCACUGUCACAUUAUGUAGAGUUUGAAAAUAUGGUGCCAAAAUAUAGGAAAAUAAAAGACUGUACUGAAUUCAAUGAAAAUGUAUCGCACAUAAAUUAAAUAAAAAGUGCAUCUCAAUAAUUAUUUGAAUACAAACAAUUCUAAAAGCUUAAAUGCAACUGAACUGAAAUGUACUGUACUGGAUAAAAAAAA